GUAUAAAUCUAGCGGAUCUUUGAGCAGCACAGGAAUCAGACAAGAGUGUAACUAACUGUCCUCCAGCUGAAGAACACGCGCAUCUACAUCAACCAACAUGAAUAAAGUCUUUCUGCUCGCGCUCGCUGUCGCGCUCUGUGCCAUCAGCGCUCAGGCUCUGCAGUGCUACAAGUGUGCUCUUGGUGUGGGGAGUUUGUGCUUCACCAGUAAAGAGAACUGCUCAUCAUCCAGCCAACAUUGCUUCAGCGGUGUGGGUAAAGCAGCUGGCUUUCUGGACAUUAAGACCAAAGGAUGUCUUGAAGUGAGUAAAUGCAAUAAAACCGAGAAUGUGGGUUUUCCGACCAACGAGAGCACAGUGUACACCAUUACAAAGACGUGCUGCAAUACAGACCUGUGUAACUCUGCUCCGGACCGCUCGCACAUCUCUGCUCUCGUGAUGACGCUCACUGCCGUCGCCGCCGUCAAAUUCAUCAUGUGAAGAAGAGCAUGCACACGCACACACACACUGAGACUUAACAAACACAGUUUCUCUGUGGAAAAUGAAUGAAUCUUUGCUGUUCUCAGUUAUAAAGUGAUAGUUUAUAAUGCUGCAAUGUCCUCAUCUGACAAUCAUAAACUGUAAAUUGAAAUGAAACAUCGAAAUGAAAACUUUUUAAUAUAGAUAUGAACCCCACACACCUCAGUCAUAUAAAACACAACUCCACAUGUGCUUCUUUACAGAAGCUGAGGAUUUAAACCCUGGUAAUGAAAUACGCUUUAAGACUAUAUUAUUGUGCUUGUGAGUUUUUUUAUUUCUUUAUUUUUGCAGUCUAAGUUAUAAAUCAUGUUCAGGUCAAAGACAUUUUUAUCACUCACAUGAUUUAUCAGCCUAAUUUACUUACUUGUUUAGUUGUGUUAUGGGACAGCCUGAAGUGACGUCAUGUGUACUGAUCAGGUGUCCUGUGUUUGAAUUGUUAUCAUGAUAGAAAAUGAAAGCAGCAGAAUUAUAAUAAAAGAGUUUGGCUUGGCUUGAAA